AUGUCCGCCCGUCUAGGCAUGCGCUUCGGCGCCGCGAUGCGCCAGUCCGUCCGCCCGCAGAUGCGCACCACCCAGCGGCGCUUCCAGAGCACCACCGCGACCCAACCAGAAGCGAGCGGCCUCUCCAAGUUCUUGAACAGCGAGGUCGGGCCCAAGACCGUGCACUUCUGGGCUCCCAUCAUGAAGUGGGGCCUCGUCCUCGCCGGCGCCGCCGACUUCACCCGCCCCGCCUCGCAACUCUCCCUGACGCAGAACCUGGCCCUCAUGUGCACCGGCGCCAUCUGGACGCGGUGGUGCUUCGUCAUCAAGCCGCGCAACCUGUUCCUUGCCUCGGUCAACUUCCUGCUGUUCUGUGUGGGCGCGACGCAGGUCACGCGGGUGCUGAGCUACCAGAGCGAGCUUAAGGGGCAGACGAUGGGUGAGAUGGCGAUGGAGAAGGCGAAGGAGGGUACGGAGAAGGUGGAGCAGGCGGCGAAGGAGCCGGGGAAGGUUAAGGAGGCUGUUGUUGGGAAGUAG